GAGGGCGCGAAAAGUAAACACAAAACUGUCAGAAAUCACAAUGCAUAUUUGAGAUUCGGCCAACGGGUGGUCAAUUGUCUUAUCGUUGCGGUGAAGUCCUUCCCUUUUUGCUUUGUCCCCGAAUUAACAGCUGGUGAAAAAUAUAAAAUUUAAAUUUCAAAACAAAGUACAAGAGCACAGCUGCAUGCAUGCCCACAGAACGCUAACUACGAGCAGAAAUUCAGCUUUAAUACGGGUUUAAAUAACAAAAAACUGGAUGUUUGAACAGCCAACGAAGUGAACUCAGUUAGCUUGAAGAAUUGGGCUCGAAUCAGGACGACUGUUAAUAUUUAUGCCUAAAGUAAUUAAUGCUAUGAUGUAUAAUUUACGAACGGCAAAUCAAGUCUCUCCUGUGAAUGACAGAUCUUGUCUGACCUGAUCAGGUAUUGAAACAUAUUAUACCAGUUAUAUAUACUGUUUGGGCUUGAAAGAUGAAAGUAUUAUGAAAGACGGCGAGGCGAAAUAACAUUUGAACUAAAAAGAAGUCGAAAAAUUUCGAGAUAUGUUCCUGGAGGAAAAGAUCAGCCGAUGUAGUGUACGUGUAUUAUCUUCAAAUCUAGACAGAUAAACAUAUAGAAACAUUGUUGAUUUGUGACGGACAUCUCGAGCAAGCAAACGAAACUUAUAUAGCCAGCUUUUACCGUUUGAAAAGAGAUUUAAGUACGCCGGAAGUUACCUGCUGCACACGAAGAAUCAUUUGUUUCAUCGCUGCUUUGUAUUUCAGUUGACGAAUUCGUGCUUCAAGCAGGAUUCUACAAAAUACUAGAACUUUUAAUUAACGAGAAGACCAUUGGAGAUAUGAAAGCAAUAUAAGAAAAGAUAUCCUCUGUUUAUACGAAGUGAUUCACAUUCUUUCAUUCAAGCACAGUGAUUAAAAGUCUCAAGGGAUCGUUUGACGUAGAAUUGAAUUAGAAUUACAUACAUAUGAAAUACAUAGAAUUGAAUUGAGUUGGUACUGUUGAUCACGAUACUUGGAAAUAUCCGUUCAGCCGUAUUUAUAGGGCAACAAAAGAGCAACAAUGUCGAUGAACAAUACUACCUCAAAUUCACCCGAAGACAAUUAUGGUAUACGUGUUCCCCUCUACGAGAGCACCGUUAUAAUAAUAGUACUCAUAUUCGCUCUUCUUGCAAACGGUUUGUUGAUAUUUCUAUUCCUUCGGGAUCAUCGCAUGCGCACAACUACAAAUUUCUUUGUAAUAAGUCAUAUAAUCUCGGAGUUCUUCGCUAGUUGCCAAGGUCUCAUCAUCUCUUUCUACGUGCUCGCCAUGAACGGCGAGGCUGUGUUCUCGAUGAACACUUGCAUUUUCAUUGGCUGUGAAAACAUAUUCUUUUUCAACACGAGCUUUCUGAGCUUGACCGCCAUUGCAGUAAAUCGGUAUUUGGCGGUGGUGAAGAAAGUCCAUCACAAAAUCACGGCCAGGAAAGCGAAGAUAGUCAUUUGUGGUUUGUGGUUGAUCUCCCUGAUGGCCUCGCUGCCCUGGGGCACAAUUUUCGCAUGGAGGCCGGUCACAGAGAGUCGUUUCCUAGCGUGGCUAGUGUACUGUCAGAAAUCCCCGGGGAUUUUUGAUUCCCUCAACGACCCAUCUCCGUCGGUGAUCGUGAACCUGCUUCUGAACAUCCUGUGCAUUGGCGUACCAAUUCUUGUCCUGAUUGUUUGCUUUUAUUACAUCUUGAAGUCAGCUCUACGAAAUCGACGUCAAGUCAGCGUGAGUUAUAACAUUCACCAUGUCGCAGCCGAUGCGUAUGCCAGAUCAGCGUUUACCACACUCCUCAUCAUAACCGUCUAUCUGAUAUGCAAUGCGUUUAUCCUUCCAAUCAUAAUCUCGCCGUCAUCGGCAGAGAGCAAAUCCAAUUCAUUUUUCUAUCGUUUCUUCAUCUGGCUGCGUUCUGCGACCUACCCGAUGGUUUACAUCUUACGAAAUCCGAUUUAUUUUCGCCUACUGAGACAGAAAAUUUUCCACAUCUACAACUAUUUGGUGCAGUCUUGUUCGUGUAAGUUCAAAGAUGAAGGAAACUCGUAUACCACUCCCAAAUCCCCGAUACCACACUCAAUCGCGAGUAGUCGUGUUGCCAUGGAGAUUAACAAGCACAGACGUGAUCACGAUUCGCAAACUUUGCGCAAAGAUAGUCUAACCCCAGCGGCCCAGCAGAUCAGGGCCUGGUACCUAUCCAAGCCGAAUAUGGCAUUCACAGACUUAGGAAAAGUAGACGGACGGAGUAAUGGAAGGAGGGUUGGGAAUGAAACUAGUAAAGUUUAGAUAGAUUUCAUUCUUGUCUCAAAAACUCAACGCUGAGUUAAGCAUGGUUAGAUCAUGCAGAGAUAGUGCAUGUAUUCUUGAAUGAAGCUACCUUUAAACCCCUAUUUACAGUACGCGCAAUUUUAGGUUUGGCAUAUGGAUAAAAUUGGUACGGAUGAAAUUUGGACCAUCUAUUUAGGUAGUCCAAAUUUCAUCAAUGUAAAAUUAUUUUAUUCUGACCAAAACUGAGAUUGAACAUAGUGUGUUGGUACUGAUGUUAAAAUUUUAGUGUUUGGGCAGUUUAAAUUUUCGUCCGUACCAUUCUUUCAGUACCGUACCGAAAAUUGUGUGUAGUUUAAAUGGCGCAUAAGUGAUCUGAUUUUGUAAAGAACUCACGGCUAAGUUGAGAAUUUUUGCAUCAUGCAGAAGUAGUAUACACGUUCUUAACGGUAAGCUUCUUUGAUAAAAGUGAUCUGAUGUUGUGCAGAGCUUACUGCUGAGUUAAGCAUGGCUGUGUUAUGCAAAAGUUGCACGUGCUUUUAAGCGUGAGCUACCCUGAAGUGACCCGAUGUUGUACCGAAGAACUCAGUCAACUCACUGCUGAAAAAAGCAUGUUUACAUCUCGUGAAGUAGUUCUUGAAUGUAGGCGACCUUAAUUAAAGCAAUCUCAUCUUGUACGGAUUUACUACAAGUGUAUCUAAAGUGGAAGUCAAGUCCGUUCUGGGCAUAGGUUCUGCUCUGAGGGCCCUCAAUUGCCUAAAUUUAGCAUGUUUCUUAUUUUCUCUUAACAUAAACUCUAGUUUAUAUUAAUUUAGAAGCGUAACGAACCUAAAUAGUGUCAGAUAUUCAGACAGCACAUCGUAUUUUAAAAAAUAGCGAAGUUCAAAAUCUUAACAAACCGUUUGUUUACAUACGGACUUGACUUCCACUUUAAGUGUGGACUUGUCUUGGCUAUCUCGGGUGUUGAGAUCUAGUAUUGUACAGGACUCGUUGCUGAGUAAAGCCAGUUUAAACCACUCGUACAUGGAGUAUUGUAAGCACCUUACUGCUGAAUAAAACAUGUCUAGACCACGUAU